GGAUUUCGGAUUGAAGAACAUAAGUAACCAUGGUGAAGGGAGUUGCGGUGCUCAAGAGCAGCGAGGGUGUUAAUGGCACCAUUUUCUUUACUCAGGAGGGAGACGGUCCAACAACUGUGAACGGAAACGUGUCGGGCCUAAAGCCCGGUUUACACGGUUUUCAUGUACAUGCACUCGGUGACACCACCAAUGGUUGUUUGUCAACUGGACCUCACUUCAAUCCUGCUGGCAAAGAGCACGGUGCUCCAGAAGACGAGGUUCGACAUGCUGGUGACCUUGGGAAUGUCACAGUUGGAGAAGAUGGCACUGCUGCUUUUACGAUAAUUGACGAGCAGAUACCGCUUACAGGACCACAUUCCAUAAUUGGAAGAGCUGUAGUUGUUCAUGGAGAUGCCGAUGAUCUUGGAAAAGGUGGCCAUGAACUGAGCAAAACGACUGGCAAUGCCGGUGGAAGAGUUGCUUGUGGUAUCAUUGGCAUUCAGGGCUAAUUAAGUAAAUCUGGUGAUAAUAGCACCCUACUUUUGUCAUGGCUGAAGUCUUUUAUAAGGAUGGACCAGUUUUCCUUUGUAAUUUUCUCCUGGAGUUCUUAUUUUACAGACUAUUUUGCUAAUUGAAAAUUUAAUAUCAUCAUUCUCUC